CCUCUUCCAUUCCAAAACAUGGUGUAAAAGAAUAUUGGAUGCAUAUAGAAGUAGUAGCACCCCCGUUCUCGCGGCAUAUCGUGCAAAUAAUUAAGGAUUCGACCCCAUCUAUCUCACGCACGCAUGGCUCUCCCGGUUCCCUUCCUUAAUCUCCGGUUUCAAAAGGCAGAAAGCAAGGAGAGGUGCCGUGAGGCGUUGGAUGAGACGGACAUUUCCUCAACUUUCGCGUUGAAUGCCAACGGCUUUCUAACGCCCUCCAAUUUUGGUAACCGCCUCUCGUCUUGACAUUGUCUGCUCUCAAAACCUCCACCCCACUUGCUCCACUCAUUCAAUCAAUCUCCAAGGACAAAGCAAACUGCCUCUUUUUUUCGAUUUCGAUUUCGAUUUCUGAUCAUGACCUGCAUUUUCUUCUUUCCCAACAUCGGAUUGGCAGGAAGAAAGUGAGGCUCUAAUUGAUUCUUAAGUUUGAGGCAUUCUCCGUGGAAAUAAUAGAUUAACGACAUAGUAAACAUAUUGGAGAAUUGGGUUUGGUGAUCACAGCAGUGGGCUUGCGGUUUAUUCGGAUUUAGCCAUCACAAACUGAGGGUAUUAUAUGUUGCCUCUGGAAAACGAGUGAGUGAGUAGGCUUGAGUUCAAAAGAUAAGCAGAAUGGACUUCAGUGAUGGGUUUGUAUCAAAGGAGCAUCGGGAGCUUCACAGAUCUGCUUCAGAAAGUGCAGAUCCAUUGUCUGCAUCCCCAUUGCCAGUUUCUGCAAGGUCCCCAAAGUCCCCCAAAUCUUCAAAGUCCCCAAAGUCUCCAAAGUCUCCAAAGAUUCAGGGGAAACAUGGAAAAGGAAGUCCACUUAAGCAUGAUAGACAUUCACAUUCUGCAGUUGAUGGACGUCCUAAAAAGGGUGGUUCUGGGGGUAAAGGCACCUGGGGAGGGUUACUUGAUACAGAUGACAAUUACACUGCUGACCCGAAUGACCCAAACUUCAAUAGUAGUGAGGAAUGUGAAAAUUCCGAUGCUAGAAAAGAGAGGAUCGAUUUUGAGGAGUACAAAAAGAAAGCUACAAUAAUAGUGGAGGAAUACUUUGCUACUGACGAUAUUACCUCGACUGCAAAUGAACUUGGAGAGCUUGAUAGGCCUACCUACAGCUACUAUUUUGUAAAGAAGCUUGUCUCUAAGGCGAUGGAUAGGCAUGACAAAGAAAAAGAAAUGGCUGCUGUUCUUUUAUCUGCACUAUAUGCUGACUACAUUGACCCUCCACAAGUUUACAAGGGAUUCUGCAAAUUGGUUGAAUCUGCGGAUGACUUCAUUGUGGAUAUACCUGAUACGGUUGAUGUUCUUGCUCUGUUCAUUGCCCGAGCUGUGGUUGAUGACAUACUUCCUCCUGCAUUCUUGAAGAAACAAAUGAACUAUUUAUCCAAAGAUUCGAAAGGGAUUGAAGUAUUGAAAAGAGCUGAAAAGGGCUACUUAGCAGCCCCGCUCCAUGCAGAAAUCAUUGAGCGGCGAUGGGGAGGUAGCAAGAAAAUGACUGUGGAGGAUGUCAAAGCUAAGAUUAAUGAUUUGUUGAGAGAGUAUGUAGUGAGUGGUGACAAGACAGAGGCUUGUAGAUGCAUCAAGGAUUUGAAAGUUCCAUUUUUUCACCAUGAAAUAGUUAAACGAGCUCUUGUAAUGGCAAUGGAGAGACGUCAAGCUGAAGGCCAGCUACUAAAUUUGCUGAAAGAAGCUGCUGAAGAAGGUUUAAUAAACUCCAGUCAAGUAUCAAAAGGCUUCGGUAGGAUGAUUGACUAUGUUGACGACUUGUCACUCGACAUACCAAAUGCACGGGGUAUAUUGCGGUCAUUGAUCUCCAAGGCAGCAUCAGAGGGCUGGUUGUGUGCUUCAUCUUUGAAAUCACUCUCUCUGCAGCCAGAAAAGCGAUCAUUAGAAGAUAGUGUUGCCAGAGUUUUCAAGACAAAGGCUCAAUCUAUUAUUCAAGAGUACUUCUUAUCUGGAGAUAUCUCAGAGGUAAUUAGUUGUGUACAGUCUGAGAAUAAUACUUGUUCAUCUGAGCUGAAUGCUAUCUUUGUUAAAAGAUUGAUUACUCUAGCAAUGGAUCGGAAGAACAGAGAGAAGGAAAUGGCAUCCGUCUUACUGCCAUCGCUGUGUUUUCCAGCUGAUGAUGUUGUAAAUGGGUUUGUAAUGUUGAUUGAAUCUGCAGAUGACACAGCUCUGGAUAAUCCAGUAGUUGUUGAAGAUCUUGCAAUGUUUCUUGCUAGAUCUGUGGUGGACGAAGUCCUAGCCCCACAGAACUUGGAAGAGAUUGGAAGUCAGUGCUUGGCACCAGAGUCGAUUGGAAGCAAGGUUCUUAAAAUGGCUAAGUCAUUGUUAAAGGCUCGGCUUUCUGGGGAGCGGAUAUUAAGGUGUUGGGGUGGUGGUGGCAGAAUCGGAUGGGCAAUUGAGGAUGUGAAGGACAAGAUUGGGAAGUUGCUAGAAGAAUUUGAGUCUGGAGGGGAUGUUAGAGAAGCUUGCCGCUGCAUGAAGGAGUUAGGCAUGCCAUUUUUCAACCACGAGGUUGUCAAAAAAGCUCUAGUGACGAUUAUGGAAAAGAAGAAUGAGAGACUUUGGAUUUUGCUGGAGGAAUGUUUUGGCUCUGGACUCAUUACAACGAACCAAAUGGCAAAGGGGUUUGGGAGAGUUGCAGAGUCUCUCGAUGAUUUGGCUUUGGAUGUUCCUGAUGCUCAGAAACAAUUUACUCAUUACAUUGAACGAGCAAAGAAUGCAGGGUGGCUGGAUUCCUCAUUUUGUUUCAGCAAAUCAGGACACAGGUACAGAGAAUGGCACUGGCUAAUUUAGUUAGCUAUUUUCUUAAUCAUACAUACGAGCUUUAUACACAAAAAUAUGCAUGCAAACAAACAUAUUGUAAACAUCUAGUUACAUUUUCCUUGUUCAUCAUCUUCUUUAGCUACUUUCUGCUCUGUUUUUUUUUUUUUUCUGGCUUAUUAAUCAAUUCACAGCUGGUAGAUUUUGCUUUGGAUGAAUAAGAAAUUAUAUUUCAAUGUAAUCGCAGAAUAAGCAGACAGACCUGCACACAAUUCUCUACACAAUAAACAUUGCAGAAACUCAAUAACAAGUUGAUUACCGAUUACUA